GCUGGGGAGAGGGAGGUCUGGGCCUCUUUGCUUAGGCUGCUGCCCCCGCGACCCGGCCCCGGACAAAGCGGAUGAAGAUGGAUGGAUGGAUAUCCUGAGGUUUCAAAGUGGCAGCCAGUCAAGGAUGAUAAGCAAUCCUCAGCCAUGCUUUAUACAGCCUAAAGUGUAUGUUUAUAAAAAAAAUUCUUCUCAGAAAAGCAUUUCUUUUCUUUUCUUUAUUAAUUUUUCCAAUAUUACAAAUACAUUGUCAAGUUUGCUGUUAGCCAAGUUUAGAUUACCCAUGUUGGUUUACUGGUGAUGGUUUUAAUGGGAUUAGCUAACUUCUCAGUAAAUGCUAACUGAAUGCUAGGGGAACGUAACUGGUCAAAUUAUGUGCAUCAAGCUUCUCAUUUGAGCCAGAUGUGCUAUAUGGAUGAAAGAGUUAAUGAAUUAAACUGUGGUACUGUAGUAGGACAUAUAUUUGUCCAUAUAGUGUACCAGAAGAAUGUCAUGAUUUGGACUAAAUGUGGCCUGAUGGUGGUGUCGUGGAAAGUUUGUAAUGUACAUCAAUGACUGCAACGUCAGAAGACGCUUUCUCUUUGGGACACACAUAAAUGUGAGCACCUGAUUCCUAAUGAAGACAAAUCGUGGAGGGAAGAACAGAAAGACUCAACGACUGAAGAAAAAAAAGGUAAACCUGAGCUUCUCUGAAAACAAGAGAAAAAUGUUUAAAUUAUUACAAUAAUGAUGCAUUUCAGCAGAAAAAAACUAAACCUUUGUAAUGAACCAAAUCCAUAAUUACUUACUAAAAUAAAUAGAUGAGAACUGGACUAAUCUUCCUCGAGUGAAGUUAUCAUCAAGUUUCUUUAGUGAGUUGUACUUUCAGCCAUUUGAUUGUUGGUCUGACCAACAUAACAUUUUGUUGUAUUUCAGUUUCACACUUUGUCUGUAGUGUGAUUCUAAUGCGUACAUGUUCCAUAAAGUCAUUUUUAUAGAACAUAUAUUACAUAUACAUAUAUAUAUGACAAUGUCAAUAAACUCUCCAUUUUCAAAACUAUUUCUUUCUGGGAAUUGUUUCAAGGUUCAGGCUUUACAGGGAUGAUUUAUGGUAUGAACAGCAAAUUCAAACUAUUUUAACUGUGUCAAUGAGAAGAAAAACACAGCAGCCAGAUGAAGAAAAGAGAAAAGAUUACUUUUAGAUAUGCAUUUUCUGACUGUCCAAAAUAAAAGUGAAAAUAAAGGUGGUUGCAAAUGGAGAAUUUGAGGACUUUUUAGUUGUAGACGUUUCGAAUGUGUAGUUAAACAAGUCCCACCCAGUAAAGUAACUGUGUUGAUCCGUCCACAGCCCUGACAUAACACAGCAUGUUGAAAGAGUAGGUUUGUCUGUGCAGUCCUCCCUUCUCAGGUUUAUUCAGGCCCAGCGAUGUGGGCCCCAGCCCAUAAUCCUCCUGCAGACACACCUGUAGAGGAGAGUAUAAAGACCUGCGACUCAACUGUGUCAGACACGAAGCUCCGAGGAGUCUCUCCACAGCAGCUCUGCAAAGAAGCUCCACAGCUACCAGACCCACUCUGAAGAUGAGUCCCUCUGUCAGCCUGCUGCUGCUGCUCGGCCUCUCUCAGGCUCAUCCUCUCAUGGAGGAAAGAGGAGGAGGAGAGGGCCAGGUGGAGGAAGACCACACCGUCGAUAUCACCACCAGGAUUCUGACCGCAAACAAUGGCAGCAACGAGAUCCUGCUGGAAGGAGACAUCCUGCUUCCAAAAAGCAGAAAUGCCAUUAAAUGCCAGAGUUACCAGAGAUGCCUGUGGCAGAAAGACAACAACGGCCUGGUGACGGUUCCCUUCGCCAUCAGCAGUGAGUACAGCAGCGGGGAAAGGCAGCUGAUCAGAAAUGCCUUGCAGUCCUUCCACAGCCAGACCUGUGUCCGCUUUGUCGACCGUAAGGACCAGAACGACUACAUCAGCAUCGAGAGCCAGAACGGAUGCUUCUCUUUUGUGGGCAGACAGGGAGGGAAGCAGGUCCUGUCUCUCAACAGGCAGGGCUGCGUCUACUUUGGCGUCGUCCAGCACGAGGUCAACCACGCUCUGGGCUUCCAGCACGAGCAGACCAGGAGCGACCGCGACUACUACGUCAGGAUCAACUGGGAGAACAUCGACCCACAGAUGGCCUACAACUUCGACAAGCAGGACACCAACAACCUCAACACUCCCUACGAUUACUCCUCCAUAAUGCACUAUGAAAGAACAGCCUUCUCCAUCAAUGGCAGGGAAACCAUCACCCCCAUCCCCAACCCCAACGUCCAGAUUGGCCAGAGGCAGGGCAUGUCCUACUGGGACAUCAGGAGGAUCAACCUGCUGUACGGCUGCUGAAAACACACGUUAGCUUGUCUGAUUAGAAGUUUUCAUUUGUUCCCAAAGGUUCUUUCAUCAAUGCUUUUUCAGUGUGUUAAUAUUCUCUUUAAAAAAGUCAAACACAAAAAUAAAGUGCAUUAAAAUGG